CGCGCCUCUGUGGUGGGGUGUGCGCAGAGGAGCCAGAUAAAUAGGAGGCUCCCUCCUCCUGGCGACACUGACGGAGCCGGCCGCCCGCCCGGGUGUUUCCCUGUCCUGUAGCCAGGGUGCCAGCCUGAGUAGUUUCGUUUCCUCCUGGCUCCUGGGAUAGUUUCCAGGCACCCUCUCGGGCGCCCGGGGCCCAGGAAGGAGGCGAAGAAGGAGGAGGGCGACACGUCCAGGGGCUGCCCGGCCCCGCACAGCGGGGUUGAUGGACUCGGCCGCCCCGGGCUGCGGCGCCAGCCCCCUGCCACUACUCCUGGCCCUUGCCUUGGGUCUCGUGAUCCUCCAUGGUGUGGUAGCAGAUGGGAAUACAACCAGAAAUCCUGAAACUAGUGGCCAUCUUUGUGGAGAUCCCGGAGAAAACUGCUCAGCUACCACCACACAACCAAAGCGGAAAGGCCACUUCUCUCGGUGCCCCAAGCAAUACAAGCAUUACUGCAUCAAAGGGAGAUGCCGUUUUGUGGUGGCCGAGCAGACGCCCUCCUGCAUCUGUGAUGAAGGCUACACCGGGGCAAGGUGUGAGAGAGUUGACUUGUUUUACCUAAGAGGAGACAGAGGGCAGAUUUUGGUGAUCUGUUUGAUAGCAGUUAUGGUCAUUUUUAUCAUCUUGGUCAUUGGUGUCUGCACAUGCUGUCAUCCUCUUCGAAAACAUCGUACAAAAAGGAAGAAGGAAGAAGAAAUGGAAUCUCUGGGUAAAGAUGUAACUCCUGUUAGCGAAGAUAUUCAAGAGACUAAUAUUACUUAAUGGCUGUGAAGCUAUCUCCAGGCUGGUGGCAGGCCUUGCUCAUUUGGAAAUGGACAGAACGUCUCAGGAAAACAGC